GUUAUUGGGCUUCUAAAAAGCCAUCAGCUUCAAAAAUGUCAUCACAGUCAAAGCUUCAUGUAUCCACGAUGCUUGCUAGUUUUAACUUGUAUGUUCCAAGUGACAUGAAGCGCAGGCCACGAUCACUGCAAUUUUUGGAGCAGUGGAAAGCGGUUGAGUUUAGGAACUUUCUACUGUACUAUGGACCACUUGUCCUCCAAGGAAAUUUGGAAAGAAAGUUUUACGACCAUUUUAUGAAGCUUAGUGCUGCUAUUGCUAUCCUUGCAUGCCCAGAUUACGCAGUGCACAACGUGGACUUGGCGGAGCACCUUCUUCAAGAGUUUGUAGCUGAGGCUGGCUCCCUAUAUGGAAAGGGGAUCUAUGUCUAUAACGUGCACUCAUUGUUGCAUCUAGCUGACGAUGCCAGAAGAUUUGGCCCUCUUGAUGACUUUUCAGCCUUCGUUUUUGAAAACUUCCUUUAUAAACUUAAGACCCUAGUAAGGACGAAGGCUCGAGCUCUUCAGCAGGUUAUCAAGCGCCUCAGUGAGAAACGCUUUCUUAGUAAUGUUUCCACAGGUUCUCUCAAUUCAUACCCAAGACUGUCAGGAGAGCACUCUAAUGGACCUGUGCCACCAGGGUUUCAAGGCAGACAGUACUCUUUGCUAGAGUUUGAAGGAACUGUGCUAAAGCUUGGCAGGCUGGAUAAUUGUGUCCAGCUUAAAGAAGGUCACAUUGUAUUAGUAACUAAUAUGUUGCAAUCGGUGUCGGGGGCCAGCAUCUGUGGGCACUAUUUCACAACUUUGGCUGACUUGUAUUCGCAACCAUUGCCGUCUUCAGAGCUCCUGGUUUUUGCUGCUAAAGACCUUUCACAAGAUCUUUCUGUGUGGCCUGUUGAUGAAAUUAGAAAUAAAUGCAUGUGCUUGCCAAGCGGAGGAGAUAAUUAUGCAGUAUUUCCUCUAUUGCACACAUGCCAUGGUUUGGUCCACUGAAAUGAAUGGACUAAAUGAGACAAGUAUAGCCUGUGCUGGUAUACUUGCUAAUUUAAACUGUUCAUUUCAUUGGACCUGCUCUUCUCAAGGUCAUGAGAUUGAAUCCUUGCCACAGUGGCUACAUUUUGAUGGAGUGAAAAUGUGUGUGAUGUCAGUGCAUGUUAUAAAGAACACUGAGUGGUCAAAAAUUAAUUGGCAGCCUUCCGCUUUUGUGUUCUAAAAAAUCCAUGUGCAGCUUCGAAAUGUUAAACCUCUCAUUCCACCAUAUCAUUACCUGCAGUACAAGUGUAGCAGUUGCAUUGCUGAAUAAUAGGAAAGGCAAUAUUUUCGGGGAUCACUGGUUGAUUUCGUAAAAUAUAAAACUUGCCUAUCAGGGUAGAUAAGGCACAUGAAUUGAUUCACAAUGACGUGAGUUUAAAGGCGGGCGAGAGGCAUAUAGUGGAGGGCUGCUGAUAAAUUUUAACCACCAGUGGUUCUUUAAUCUGCACUGACAUCACUCGCCACAUACAUGUUUUUCACAUUUCACCUUCAUCAAACUGCACCCACCGUGGCUAGGAUUCCAUCGCAUUAAUUCAGUUUUCUUUGUUUUAUAAUUUCAGGGGGGAAGACAUACAGCAUCGUUCUUUUUGAAGAUGAAGAUGAAGUUUCCGUCGUGCCCACUUCGUGGAUUUCAGAAAACACAGUUAGGUGGCCACCAUUUAAGAGCACCGCAAAGAUAACUACUGCCAUCAAAGAGCAACAACCACCAUCAAGCGACUGGACUAGCUACAGAUGUCGAGUGUUGUGGACAUGUGGCAGCUAUGAAAGUGCUAGACAAAAAGAGCAGCAAGCAGAAUUCACAUCAGAUUUGGCCUCAGAUGUUGAAACAAUUCAGCAAAGGCGGAAGAGGCGGCCACCAGCGCGCCUGGAGUCUUCAGAUGAAGAGAGCAUCGACUUUCCUGUUCCUCUACGAGGACAGUGCUUUAAUUCUUCGCAACAAACUGCGAAGUUUGUUUCACGACCACCACCGCCAAAAAUUGUGAAAUUUUCACGGUUCAAGCCCCAGUCACUUGCUUCACAGGAUCCCCAGAUACAAAAGGCCCCACCUAGCCGGGAAGUGGCUUUAGAUGAUGGCGAUUCUUUUGCUGAAAAAAGGAAGCUUGACCAAAAUGCCAUGCUUGGAAAGUUGCUCAAGGAGGUGAAGGGAAUAAGAGCUCAGGUAGAUGGCCUGGAAAAAUCCAUCCAAAGGAUAGAGCAAGCCAUCACAGAAAAUAAACAACCGUGUGCACAACCUGUCAGCAGUGCCAUUCUUGAACUGCUUCCCCUGGCAACUCAUCAGAGGCUGGAAGAAUUGGAGUGGCAGCUUCAUGAUGAAAAAAACAGGACAGACCUCAUGGCCCAUUUAUCGCGAAUCGGUGGCACAUCAGUGCAAGAUUCUGUACGCAAAAUUAUGCGGAGAUGCAUGUGUGACACGUUGGCCCAGGACUUUUCUCUGACUGGGAGAAAAGGAAAAAGGCCAUUUAUUGGGCUAUACCUGCUCCAAGUCCUCACAGAAACGCUGAAAAGCAAUUUCGCACAGGCCACGGAGUCACAAAUACAUCUUUCGAUUGCCGAAUGGCUCCGUUAUGCACCAUCAAGACAGAAGAAACGGGAUGCAGCUUCGCCUUUGAUGUCAUGAAUCAGACCAUCAUCAUGAGCAGCUGGAGGCCACCAGGGGACAAGGGGACAAGAAGUUUCUAGAUGUGCUGAAUUUUUGAGGCAAAUGUUGACAGUACUUUAAAUUUGUAGUUUUCCAGUGCAACGGCACAUGGCCAAACAAGGGAUGAAGGAGACUUGGAAGAAAACAGUGCAGCAACAGGGACAAGACAGAAGACUGUACAGGUGCUGACUAGCAACUGAAGGUUUAUUGAAAAGGAAAACAUAAAAUAUACUCCCUUUACAACCUAGAGCACGCAUGGUCUACACCAACAACUCUGAUAAGCUGUCAGCUUCAGUUUUGGUGGUCAGCUACAACAGUUCGCAGUGAUGAACGAGGACGGAUGGGGUCCGCAACACAUGCGUAAUCACCCCAUCCGUCCUCGUUCAUGACUGUUACCUGUUGUAGCUGACCACCAUGACUGAAGUUGACAGCUUAUCAGAGUUGUUGGUGUAGACCAUGCGUGCUCUAGGUUGUAAAGGGAGUAUAUUUUAUGUUUUCCUUUUCAAUAAACCUUCAGUUGCUAGUCAGCACCUGUACAGUCUUCUGUCUUGUCCCUGUUGCUGCACUGUUUUCUUCAAGUAUGUACAAAUUCGCUUAUCUCGCCGUUUUACUUAAGUUGGGAAGAAGGAUAAAACAUGGCGCUCACUGACAACUGGUUAUUUAAUGAUGCAGACACUACUUAAAUGCCCUCAGUCCAGCGCAGGCGCACACCGUACAAGGAAAAAGGAACAUAUCACAACUUUAUCACAAAAAAAACGUUAAAGAAACACUAUUUCUAUGUUAUAUAAUGCAACUGAAGUAUUGCUCACAUAUUGUGAACCAGCAUUUUUAAUAUAAUGCGCCUCUGUCACUUCACAUGUGGUUUGUGGUCUGCUUCUGCUAAUGAUUUUCACACUUGAAAAUCUGUGUGCAGUCACUGCAGUGCUCGACAAAUUUGGAACCUGCCUUCAUUCUUUGUUCAAACUGUUCAAAACAUUAGCUAUGGUUUUUGUUCCUGAGUAGCCAAAAUAGGCUGCAUGUGUGCUGUUUUGUAGAUUGUUGCAAGUUUCUUUGUAAAGUAAUUAAAUAAUAUAAUCAUAUUUAUAAAGUAAUUAAAUAAUAUAAAUCAUAUUAGUGAAAUGUAAGCUCACAUGGCACAUUUUUCAAGCUGUGCUAAUGUGUUCAUGUAAUAUUAAGUGUAUUAUAUGUCUGCUUCCUUUUUCUAAGUUAUAUUUGUGAAACUAGCUGUAUGCCAAGCUAAAGUGCAGUUAUACAGCAGUCUGAAGCUUGAUGCUAGUGUAGUUGAUUCAGUUCUUGACAAAUAAAAUAGCGUUAUCAGAAACAAAUGAUGGCUACUUGUGAUGUGCACCCAUAUAUAUAAAUCAUUCUAAUUGUCAGAAUAACCACGUGCAGUGGUAUCUUCAGGUUACGGCAGCUUGUAGCAUCUAGAUGAUCAAGAGCACUAGUAGAGAGCUGAUGAAUAUUACAUAAAGAACUUGUUUAGAGUAAGCGGUCUGAAAAGUAUGGAAAAACAAUGUGUUGUGCUGUGCAGCCUUGUAAGUAUUUGUAUUCUAUAGCACAGCACCGCAUCACUGUGUAGCAAGGAGUAAUGGUCAGUUGCUCAUUCUUGCGACCUUAAACUGCCGUAACCGUUGUGGUAUGAGGAUACCAUUGCAGACUGUUUAGCCUUUCACGAGAUUAUUUUAUUGACCAGCAACCAUUGAUAGCUGAAAUAUUUCAGUGAUUUAGAAUGCGGUCUCAAAGUUUCUGAAAUGUUAUGACAGCAUUGCGGCAAUAUUGCAGUGACAUUGUCGUGGGAACGUUGCAUGUGUGCAAAUAAAAAGUUGUAGCAAUGUUGCAUUUA